AAUCAACGUGUUUUGUUUUUGUUUUGUCUCGUCUCGUCGAGCGAGACCGACCCGUUCGUCGUCCUCCGUCCUCCCUGGCGGCCUGGCCGCCUUCCUCUCCGUCUCGGGCGUCUCGCCCUUUUCCUCUACAGCUUCCUCUGCCCAAUCAGCUCAGCUCGUCCUCUCCCCGCCUCUCCCUCCCUCCCGUGAAUCACCAAAAUCCCUCGCCAAACAGUGAUAAAGCCGCAUUUCCCGUCGGGUUCGGUGGUGCCCAAUCAGCUCAGCCCAAAAUCGGAGGGAGAGGCAGCAAUCGAGUGCUGCGCUAGUUCGGCCGAAGUCCGAACCAAUCCCGCCGGGAAUCCGGGUCGAUCGGCCGCGACUGAGGCGUCUGGGCUCUGGAGGAGCGGCCGUCCGUCGGUGAGGAGGGAUGGGGGGCGGCGGCGGCGGAGGAGCCUCUGGGCCGGAGCUGUCGACGGACAACAUGAAGGGGAUAGUCCUCGCGCUGCUCUCCAGCGGCUUCAUCGGCGCCAGCUUCAUCAUCAAGAAGAAGGGUCUCCGCCGGGCCGCCGCCGCGACCGGCGUCCGUGCAGGUGUCGGCGGGUACUCCUACCUCAUGGAGCCCCUGUGGUGGGUUGGCAUGAUCACUAUGAUUGUAGGUGAGAUUGCCAAUUUCGUGGCAUAUGCCUUCGCCCCCGCGGUGCUGGUUACUCCCCUUGGAGCGCUCAGCAUAAUUGUUAGUGCAGUGCUGGCUCAUUUCAUUCUGAAUGAGAGGUUGCAUGCCCUCGGGGUGCUUGGCUGUGUGAUGUGCAUUGCAGGGUCUGUGGUCAUCGUUAUUCACGCUCCACAGGAGCAGGAGAUUACUUCAGUUAGGGAAAUAUGGAACAUGGCGAUACAACCUGCUUUCUUGCUAUAUGUUGCGUCAGUUAUUGUCAUUGUUUUUGUCCUGGUGUUCUAUUUCUCCCCUCUCUAUGGGCAGUCCAAUGUGUUGAUCUACACUGCCAUUUGCUCUUUGAUGGGCUCUCUUUCGGUUAUGAGUGUUAAGGCUCUUGGUACAUCAUUAAAGCUCACUUUCGAGGGAACAAACCAAUUAAUAUAUCCAGAGACUUGGUUCUUUAUGCUUGUUGUGGCUACUUGUGUGCUCACUCAGAUGAACUAUCUGAACAAGGCACUUGACACGUUCAAUACGGCAAUUGUAUCUCCAAUAUACUAUGUGAUGUUCACAACUCUUACAAUACUUGCCAGCGUCAUAAUGUUCAAGGAUUGGUCUGGUCAAAGCCCGGGAAGCAUCAUUUCUGAAAUUUGUGGUUUGGUUGUGGUGUUGUCCGGUACCAUUUUGUUGCAUGUAACGAAGGAUUAUGAAAGGAUCCCGCAAUCAAGAAGUGUUUAUGCACCAUUAUCUCCCUCCUUGACAACUAGAUUAAAUGGAGAAUUGUUGAAGCAUGUCGAGGAUGAGAGGACUUCGGACGAAGAAAAGGCAUUGAGAAGACAAGAGAUGUACUAGCAUCAGAAUAUCAAAGGAAAACUCUGAUGGACUCUCCGGCAAGGGCUUGUAUAUGGCAUGAUAGUGAUAACCUUCCCAUAGCGAUUGUUGAUUCCUCAAUUACAGUUUGAUAGUUUGUGUACAUAACCGGAUACCUGCAGCAUUGUUUGCAUAGUUAAAUGUGGCUGCCGAGUGAUUGCAAAUCUGCAGAGAUGGUGGAAGGCUGCACAGUUCCACCAAAUAGAAUCAAGUCGGGUGCAUAGAUUCUUGUCGAAUUCCCUUCUCCUUUUUGUAAGUUCCUCAGUUUUGUCCACAGCAUUUGUUCCAUGUGUAGAGUUAGAGAGGCCGAGUGAAGCACGGAGAUCGUAUGCAACUGUGAAUGAUGUACAUUAUUAUUGUCUUAGUGAAGUUCAUGCAAACUGGGAGUGAUAUACUCAAUUAAUCCCAAAUUAUAAGAUAUUUGACUUUUUCAACA